GGCGGCGGCGGCGGCGAUGCCGGGGCCCGGGGCGCGGGCGGACGAGGAGGAGCGGGAGGGCGCGGCGGGGGCGCGGGAGCCGGCGCGGCUGUGCGGGUACCUGCAGAAGCUGUCGGGCAAGGGCCCGCUGCGCGGCUACCGCAGCCGCUGGUUCGUGUUCGACGCGCGCCGCUGCUACCUCUACUACUUCAAGAGCCCGCAGGACGCGCUGCCGCUCGGCCACCUCGACAUCGCGGACGCCUGCUUCAGCUACCAGGGCCCCGACGAGGCGGCCGAGCCCGGCGCCGAGCCGUCCGCGCACUUCCAGGUGCACAGCGCGGGCGCCGUCACGGUGCUCAAGGCCCCUAACCGUCAGCUCAUGACCUACUGGCUGCAGGAGCUCCAACAGAAGCGGUGGGAGUACUGCAGCGGUCUGGACAUGGUGAAGGGGGACAGCAGGACCUCCCCGACCCCCGGGGAUUUCUCUAAAGGUCUCGUAGCCAGAGAUAACCCAGAUGUCAUCUGCACACCUCCGGAUGCUUCUGCAGAGAAAGCCAGAAACGUCCUCGCUGUGGAAGCCACCCCCGGAGAGCUGGUAGGAGAAGCAGCAGCUCACCAGCCGGCCCCCGGGCACCCAAAUUCCAUUAAUUUCUCUUUCAAACAGUGGGGCACUGAGCUCAAAAACUCCAUGUCGUCUCUCCGUCCUGGCAGAGCCCAUGGUGACAGUCGGAAGAGUGUGUUUUAUACCAACGAAGAGUGGGAGCUCUUAGACCCGAACCCCAAGGACCUAGAGGAGUCCAUGGCACAGGAAGAGAGGAAGAAGCCGGCCCCGGAAGGAAACAGAGGAGUCGCUGGCUCAGGAUUUCCCUUUGAUUUUGGACGUAUUCCCUACAAAGGAAAGCGCCCUUUGAAAGACAUGAUCGGAUCAUCCAGGAACCGGCACAUCAGCGGCGAGCCGUCGGCAGACGGGUCGCAGGGCGCAGCCGGAGUCAGGCCACCAGCUGGGGUGCAGCUGCAGGUCCAGAGCCAGCAGGAGGAGCUGGAGCGGCUGCGGAAGGACCUGUCCAGCCAGAAGGAGCUCGUGCGGCUGCUGCAGCAGACGGUCCGGUCCUCCCAGUAUGACAAGUACUUCGCCAGCAGCCGGCUCUCUGAGGGGGUCCCAAAGGACGCGCUUGAUCUUCUGCACCGCAAGGACGACCAGAUCCUGGGCCUCAGCAGCCAGCUGGAGCGGCUGUCCCUGGAGCGGGAGAGUCUGCAGCAGGAGGCCCGCACGCUCAAGGGCAAGGUGGGCGAGCUCAGCGAGCAGCUGGGCAUGCUGCUGGAGACCAUCCAGGCCAAAGACGAGGUCAUCAUGAAGCUCUCGCGGCGGCUCAGCGAGGGUGCAGAUGGCCCGGCCCCCGCCACGGGGGCGCCCGGCUCCCCGGCCCCCGCCAGCAGGGAGCAGCUAGAGCUGGACAGGCUGAGAGAUAACCUACAGGGGUACAAAACCCAGAACAAGUUCCUCAACAAGGAAAUCCUGGAGCUCUCGGCGCUGCGGAGAAAUGCGGAGAGGAGGGAGCGGGAUCUGAUGGCCAAGUAUUCCAGCCUGGAAGCCAAGCUGUGUCAGAUGGAGAGCAAGUACCUGAUCCUGCUGCAGGAGGUCAAGACGCCCGUGUGCUCCGAGGAGCCGGGCCCGGCGCGUGGUGUCAUCGCACAGCUGCUGGAGGACGCCCUGCAGGCCGACAGCCCGGAGCAGCCCGGGCAGGCGCUCGUGAAGCCUCGUCUCGUCAGUGAGUACGACAUCUACGGGUUUAGGACCGUCCCAGAGGACGACGAGGAGGAGAAGCUGGUGGCCAAGGUCCGAGCGCUGGACCUGAAGACCUUGCACCUCACGGAGAACCAGGAGGUGUCCACCGGGGUCAAGUGGGAGAACUACUUUGCAAGCACGAUGAACAGGGAGAUGGCGUGCUCCCCAGAGCUGAAGAACCUGAUCCGGGCCGGCAUCCCACAUGAGCACCGUUCCAAGGUGUGGAAGUGGUGUGUGGACCUGCACGCAAGGAAGUUCAAGGACAGCACUGAGCCCGGGUACUUCCAGACGCUGCUGCAGAAGGCGCUGGAGAAACAGAACCCGGCCUCCAAGCAGAUCGAGCUGGACUUGCUGCGGACCCUGCCCAACAACAAGCACUACUCCGGCCCCACAUCGGAGGGCAUCCAGAAGCUGCGCAACGUGCUGCUCGCCUUCUCCUGGAGGAACCCCGAUAUCGGCUACUGCCAGGGUCUGAACAGGUUGGUGGCAGUGGCCCUUCUGUAUCUGGAGCAGGAAGACGCUUUCUGGUGUCUCGUCACCAUAGUGGAGGUGUUCAUGCCGCGAGACUAUUACACGAAGACACUGCUGGGGUCCCAGGUGGACCAGCGCGUGUUCCGGGACCUCAUGAGCGAGAAGCUGCCGCGGGUGCACGCGCACCUAGAGCAACACGGCGUCGACUACACCCUCAUCACGUUCAACUGGUUCCUGGUGGUGUUCGUGGACAGCGUCGUCAGCGACGUCCUCUUCAAGAUCUGGGACUCCUUCCUUUACGAGGGCCCGAAGGUCAUUUUCCGGUUUGCGCUGGCGCUUUUCAAGUACAAGGAGGAGGAGAUCCUGAAGCUGCAGGACCCGAUGUCCAUGUUCAAAUACCUGCGCUAUUUCACGCGCACCAUCCUGGACGCCCGGAAGCUGAUCAGUAUCUCCUUUGGGGACCUGAACCCGUUCCCCCUGCGCCAGAUCCGGAACCGGCGCUCCUACCACUUGGAGAAGGUGCGGCUCGAGCUCACGGAGCUGGAGGCCAUCCGCGAGGACUUCCUGCGAGAGCGGGACGCCAGCCCCGACAAGGGCGAACUGGUCAGUGACGAGGAGGACACCUGAGCGCUCCCCACCCCAGGACGCUGCUCUUGCCUUCACAACCAAAGUGUGCCAAAGAUCCCCGGCAGGGAUCUCUGCUCGUUGGGAAGCCCGAAGGCGGUGCCCGUGGCCUCCGGAAGUCUGCUGGGCGGACGUCCGCGGCCACGCUGCUCUUUCUUACUCGCAGGCGCGUCUGUUCUGCGUCCAGCCUUCCCGUGCGGGGCGGGCACUGCCCGGUGUGCCCCGGGGGAGCCGCUGGCCGCUUUCCAGAGCCUGUUGACAGCACCGUCUGGGCUUUGUGCAUGGCUCGCACCCUGGGAACCUGCUGUGGGCCGUCUCCCGGAUUGCCCCCGUGCGCGGACCUGCUGCGCUGCACGUCGCCCCCCCACCCCACCCCACCCCACCCCAGGCUGGAGCGCAGCUGCUUCGGGGACCGUGAGGUGAGCGGCACAAGCGCAUCCACGUUCAGAAGCAGCCUGUGGAAACCGGCCACCUUCCGUGCAGGGCGAGCGGCCUGCGGUGCCCCGUGGCCCUCCGAAUGCCCCACGCUCCCCUGGCCCCGUCAGCCGCCGGCGGGUGGCUGGACUAUCCCAGCCCGCGUUCUGUGCAGCUCGUCUCCGGGAGGUUCUAGGGGAGACCUCCUGUCUGCAGAGUGACGUGGGGUCAUUGGGACGACCGCCCGCUCUGCACAGCAGGCCCACUGCUGGGGCGUGCCCUGCCGGAGGGGACACAGGAAGCUUCUGGGGAUGCCCUACAGGGCAGCGUGUGGCGGGGGGGUGACACUGUCCGCCGGUGCUGGGGAUCUCCACCCGCUGGGCCAGGGCCAUCGCUUGGGGCACAGCUUGGGGGAGCGGUCCCCCUGCCGUGCUGCCCAGAGGCACGCGCGUCCUUGCAGGCAGCCUCGCCCCUCCCCAGGGCCUGUGUGGUCCUGGCUUCAGGGUCCCCGCUGCCUUCAGCAGGUCAGGCUGCCCACACCAUUCUGCAGACUGGGGGCACCAUCUUUCUGAGGCUCCGCAAAGAGGCUUUACCCAGGAAGGCAGUUCUUGCUUUAUCAGUCGGCGGACCAUUCCUGAUCCUGCUACACCGGCGCCCCAGGGCAGUGGACGGGGUGGCUGCUGGAGGUUGACUCGGGCCAUGGCCUCACUGCCAUCUGCAGACUGUGCCCGCUGCAGCCCCGGGGCAGCUGACCGGCGGGGCCACAGCAGCGAGGAGGCCCCACACGGUUGGGCUCUGGUUUCCAAGCGGACUUCCCUGACAGGCCUUAUCCUGGGGGAAGAUGCUGCCUUUCAGACUGGGCUGCUUGUGUCUCUUCUGCCCCAGAAGGGCCCCUCUUCGAAGCACCGGAGGUGGGCACAGGUGCCUGUGUGCAGCUGGAGCUGUGGUUUCGGGCACGGCCAGCAGGGCAGUGCUAGUGUCGCUGGGGAGCUGUCCAUGCCGGGCGGUGGCCGUGAGAGCAGUGCUGUCGUGUGGGGAGCAGAUGGGGGACACUUUGCCGGGGCCACCCCAUCCCUGGGUGUCCGGCGGGGUGGGGGGCGCUCGGCCUGGCCCGGACGGGGGGCAGGGUGGAGAGCGGCAGGCCGUGUGCCCACGUCUCCACUGCCCACAGCGCAGGGCAGCUGCUGGCCUGCACGGGGACUGCUUGGGUGUUUCACAGGCUGAACAUCUGUUUAUACUUUUGUAUAUUUUUCACUACAGUUUAUAUUUUUAUAACUAUUUUUAUCAAGGUUUUUCUAGAUUACGUACACCUAUUUUAUGUAACGUGUUCUCCUUUGUGAAUAGCUCCGCGUGCGCGUGUGUGUGUGUGAGAGAGAGAGGAACAGAGCAGCCAGGGUUGCGCCCCCCGUGGCCGGCACGACCCCUCGCUGCUGUGUGGCAGUUUCUCCUGGUAGCGCAUCCCUGCGCGGCCUGGCCUCCCACAGCCCCCAGGGCUGGACCGAGUCGCUUUCCUGCCCAUCGUGUCCAACUAGGAAGUAUUCUAGGCAAAUCGCCAGCGCAGUGUUCGUGCUCAUGCACAGACCCCCCUCCCUGGCUUUGUGCGGGGCCGUCUUCCGGCACGUGCCCGGGGCAGCUGGGCCCGCCUGGGGCAGCCCCGACGGGGGAAGAGGGGAGGCUGGCGGCUGCUUCAGGGGCUGCGUGGGAGGCAGGGGUAGGUGACCUCCCUCCGUGUCACUGCGGCUUCUCUGAGUUAAACUUUGGAACAGUCGGACUAAAAAGCCAAAUAAACUACUAAUUUGUAUAA